AGAAGAUAAUCACAAAAAAAACAACAAUUUUAAUUUAAAAAAAAACCCACACCACACUAGCAAAGUACAAAUAUGUAUGAAAUACAAAAUACAAGAAAACAAACCAAUUUACAACCGAUCACUGAGUUAGCGGGCUCUGAUACAGAUCAAUCGAUUUAGACUUCCCACAUGAUCAUGGCACAUGUACAUGUCGAUUUGUCCCAGCUAUUUGUACAUCCACAGCAAUUUUAUUUGUUCUACAAAACUCAAGAGGAUGAAGUUGUUGCUGUUCCAGUUAAUGACCAUCACUUCACACCAAAUGACCAUCACUUCACACCAAAUGACCACCACUUCACACCAUAUACAGAAGAUGAACCUGAAGAAAGUGACCAGGACCACGAUGACUUUGAUGAAUACGGUCCCCUUGUUGUCGACACCUCGGGCCAGUUAGACAAUGAAGUGCCAGUGCAGCAGAAUAAAGAUACAAGUUCUCUGUUAUCGACUAAAAUCGAGGAUAUAGUAACUACUGCCAAUAACAGUCUCACGGAAAUAAAUUUAAAUACCGCAUCCUUUUUAGACGGGAGUGGAUCUAACUCGUCUUGGACACAUUCUUCCUCAGCACAGCUCAGUCCUAGUUCAAUCAGUGCAAGUAUUUCUGCGGCAAAAACCCACAGACGAGGAAAGAAGAAUCACGUUAAAGACGAUACAACUUAUGAUGAAAACCAUGAUGAAAAUGAAAACAAGAUUCUGCCAUUAAACGGAGACGGAGAAGAAGCCAUAUAUCAAUGCCCAAUCUGUCAGGAAGUUGUCCAGUCAUUACAUGAUCUGACGAUACACAUACGAACUCAUAAUACCCACGCUGCAGCGUCUCAGUCUAACACUUGUACAAUCUGUGGGAAGGUUCUUAGUUCCCAGAGCUCACUAGACAGACACAUGUUGGUACAUUCUGGAGAGAGACCCUUUAAAUGUAAAGUAUGUAAAAUGUCUUUUACAACAAAUGGAAAUAUGCACAGACAUAUGAGAAUCCAUUCUAAGGAAACUGAUAUUGAAGCUCUUGGAACAAAAAUCAGGAAGAAGACUCCAACUUUUAAGCCAAAGGCAAUGUUCUUUAGUCCAAUAGAUUAUGACGGAACCUCAUUAAAUAUGUCCACACCAAUUCCAUCCAGAGAAUUUUCUCCAAAAGGUUUAAAUUUUGGAGAACCAACAACUCCAUCCAGCUAUAUGUCGCCAAAAGGUCUGAAAAGGACAUUCAACUUCGUAGAUUGCUCGCCAAACUGGUCACUACCAAAACGUCAACUUUUGGAAGAAAGGUUUAAUUCUUCUCUCCCUCCUCAGUCUAUUUCAUCAUUUAUUCCACUGGUUGUGCCACAAGAAUCACCCAAAAUACCAUCAGAGCUCACAACAGAAGUGAAAGGGGAACCAGAGCCACAAAGAGUACCAGUAGCUGUCAGACAGCCAACGGAGGAAGAAAGAGAUCAACUACAUUGUCCAGUGUGCAAUAAAACAUUUCUGUGCAAAUAUGGUUACCAGAGUCAUUUAGAAACUCACCCAGAACUGUCUCAAAACUGUCAACAAUGCAAUCUAUCAUUCCAAUCGACCAGAGAAUUAGAUCUACAUAAAUUAGUUGCUCAUAGCAAAUCUAAGGAUGAUGACGAAAAAAGCAUAAAAUCACCCCUCUCAGAAGCCGUCGUAGGAUUUCAUGAUCUCGGUUUUAUGGAUUUCUCAGUCACAAAGUUUCCACUUGUUGCCAAAUCUUGGUGUGAGGAAAAUGUCAGACAAUCAAGUAGCGAUUAUCAUAAAUAUAUAUGCAAAGAAUGUACAAAGGCUUUUCCGUGCAAGAGUGCAUUGUUGAUGCACAUACAUACACACAAUCCUGAAAAGACGGCUCAAUGUCCUCUGUGUGAAUGUGACUUUAUCGACAACAAAGAACUUCAUGUUCACAUGGCUAAACACAUGGCGGACAAAGCAUUCGACGAAGUCAUGGAUAGCGAUGACAUCGAUGAAGAAGAUACUGAUGGUCACGGAACACCAGAAAUGGUCGGGAAACAUGACUUCUUAGCUAGCUUUGGAUUGAUCGCUGAGAAAAAUCCAACGGACGAAAAAAUCAAAAAGGAGAAACCCAUGUCUGAAACAAUAUUGAACAUGGAAAAGAAUGAAAAUAACGAUUAUUUUGCAAAACUUGGACAGGUCUUCUCACCUUUCAUAUCGCCUAUACAUCCAAUGGGUAAGAAAAAUGGCGAGGAAAUCAAAAGCAUGGCUGAACUGCAAAAGUUAAUACAGAGUUCGUCUAAUGGUAUGAUGCCUCCCUUCCCAGCAAUACCAGGCAUGGAACAUCUACAUGGUAUCAACCUGAAUCAGUUCUCCGCCUUCUUACCUUCCAUGAUACCAUACAGCCUUGCCUCACAGAUGACACCUACAUUAGCCGCCAUGAUGAGCGCAAGUCAGAUGAUGAAUGCAGCACUAAGUAGUCAAAAUAUGUCUAGUCCUUUACCAACUCCGCCCCCGAGCAGUGAGAGUGGCAGUGGAUCUUCCGGUGAAAUGAACAACAAAGGGGUAUUCCCAUGUAAAUACUGUGACAUGUUGUUCCCCAACUACAGAGCAUUGAAAGGUCAUACCCGCACACAUUUAGGUCUAUCUCCAUAUAAGUGUAACUUGUGUAGUUACUCCAGCGCUGACAAGAGUACAUUGAUCAGACAUCUAAGAACUCACAAUGGAGAGCGACCAUUCCAAUGUCGGGUUUGUGACUUUGCUUUCACCACCAAGGCAAACUGUGAAAGGCAUGUCAGGAAGAAGCAUGGUAAAUUCAUGAAGGAUGAUGUUGAACAAGCUAUAGGCUACAAUAAGUAUGCACUAGAAGAUGCCAACUCUUCCACCUCCUUCCAUUCACCUGAUACAGUAUGCAAAUAUUGCAACAUUGAUUUCAAAUUCUUCCGUGCACUGAAACACCAUCUUAGAUCACACAGUAGUUGCCGUCAGAAGCCAUUCAUUUGUACCCGUUGUGAUGUUGGAUUUUCGACUAAGGCUAACUGUAUUCGUCAUCUACAGAAACAGCAUAUAGAAAUCUCUAACAACCAGAUAGAACAGUACAUUACUGUCAAGGAGCCGUUCAAUAUUGACGAUAGCGACAAAUCAUUUGGAGAUUCUGAUGACGGUAUGCCACCAGAGAUAAAUGAAAGAUCCACUCCCUCUUCUAUCAUCAGUGGCAAAUCAUAUGCGCCACCUGCUGCUCAUACAACCCCAUACACCCCAGCUAGCAGCCGUCCAGCCACGCCCGUCCAUAUUAAAUCUGAACCUUUGGAUGAGGAUGACAUUAUGCCAUUAGAUUUCAGUGUUAGGUCUGGUAGUAAUACUCCGGUUGGGACCCCUAAGAAGGACCAACCUACAGGUAGAGGGACUGAUCAACCUAUGGACUUGUCAGUUAAAAAAUCACCAUCGCCAUCACCAGCACCCAUAUUGAAGGCUAAUCUGCUUCAACAGACCAGAGUAAUGUAUGAAAAUAGUGUGCACCAGUGCCAGUUUUGUCCAAUGGGAUUUUCAAAUCCUCGUGCUCUGGAGCGCCAUCUUUGGCAGAACCAUCCACAGCUUACAUCAUUGUUAGAUCCUUCGUACCUCAAAUCACUGUCUGGAAUAAACCCAACGGUGACAGAAAAGUUAAAACAAACUGUAAAUUUACGUCUCCCGGUACAACCACCGUCAGAGAAUUUAGACGAUAACGAAACUUCGUCCAGAUCAUCCAAACUUAUGGAUAAGAUAAAUAAUCUACAGGCCAUGAGGAUGGAGAACCAGAUCAAAACGGAACCCAGAUCUAGUAUUUCAGGUGACAGUAGUGAUUUAGCAUCUGUGAAUAGAAUUUUAGAAUCAGCCAACUCCCACCAUUUUCAGUCAUUUUUGUUACGUGAAAGUGGCAGUAUUACAAAUGAAAUAAUGAGAAAUCGUUUGAACUUGUUGAGAAGUGUCAAUCCAGAUAGGAGCCGAGAGGAAAGACCAAUAGAACCUAGACCUGACAGUAAUGAAUCAGCAUCUAGACCAAGACCAGAGGACCCAUCUGAUAGCAGAGACAGUCAGGAGAUACCUAUGAUGAUGGAUAUAGGGGAUCUUCCAAAACAGCUUGAACACUUCGCCAGACUAGAGAAGCAAAGAGCCUUACAACAUCAGUUCAAUAUUCCAACUACUGUUGACAAAAAAAUGGAUGAUAAAAGUGCAAUAAAAAAGAAGAGGAAUUCAUAUGCUGACUCUCCACAUAAACUGCAGUGUCCAUAUUGUACCAGAACAUUCCCAUGGGUUAGCUCCCUUACAAGGCAUCUCCUGACACAUACUGGUCAGAAACCAUUCAAAUGUCCAAGAUGUCCAGUCACAUUCUCGACCAAGUCUAACCGAGAGAGACAUCUGAUAAGAAAACAUGGUGUUAAUAUGUUGGACCCACUGUCUCGUCAAACUAUGGAUCGUCCAUAUAAAUGUCAUUUAUGUGUAUUUAGCUCUUUCUCUACACAAGGCAAUCUAUUGAAGCAUUAUAAGGAGAGACAUCCAAACAGUUCACUCCCAGAAGGUCUAGCCGAGUUAGACAGAGUUGUGACAAUCGGUAUGAGUAAGACAAUACCUCCAGAAGAGAGGGGACUGGGAUCUAAUGGUAGCUUCUAUGACAGUAAUGACAGUAGCUACCUAGCUGAAGAACAGAUGAAUAAGUCUAUGGAUAGAGAGGUACUCGAGGACAGACUGAUGUCCAGUGGUAGAUCUGAACCUGAUGAAGAUGACCUUGAGAUUGACGAGUCUCCUGAAGUUCCACAACGUACAGAAGAUAUCCGCCCAUUCAGCGGCACUGGCGAAAAACAACUGAAUCCUGAACGCGACAACUACAAUGUUGACAAGAUCACUGAAUGCUGGAAAUGUUGCGAGAAAUUUGUCUCCCGUAAAUUAUUAGUUCGUCAUUUGAAGGAACACAAUAUUGAUCUGCCAUUUAAAUGCUACCUAUGUGAUGCCUCGUAUUUCAGUAGAAAAGAAUGUUUGUUUCAUCAGGAAAGAAACCACAAUUCUGAUUGGUUGAUCUUGAAAGACAAAAAUAAAGUUGAUGAAAUAGGUGAUUUUUCGAAGCACAUGGAUAAAGUUGUGGAAAACAAUCUUAACAAGGUGGAUCAAGAUGUUGUCUUGGAGAUUCCAGGACAGAAUGCCGAUGAUCCAAAGAUGGAGGUUGUGUCAGCUGAUUAUAUGCAGCGUAAAGUGUACUGUUCCCUUUGUCCUAAGAGAUUCUGGUCUCUACAAGACCUUAGGAGACACAUGAGAUCUCAUACAGGAGAAAGACCAUUUGAAUGUGACAUCUGUCAGAAAAGAUUUACAUUGAAACACAGCAUGAUGAGACAUCGUAAGAAACAUGCUGAUUCUGGAUCUCUCAGUCCCAGCGAUGAUGAAGCUGAAAACAACAAUGAAGAACAGUCAGCACAUAAGGCUGUCAAUCGCCCAAUUCUACCUCGCCUACCUAUGACUAUUCCUGCCAUGAGCAUGCCUGUUAUGCCUUCCAUCUCUCUUGGAACCAGUUUAAAUGGAGGAGAAAGUGUUGGGGAAUCUCGUGGACAUUAUACCCUUCCACCAGUCAUCACCUCUAAAUCAACGACACCAUCUGCUACGAUCUCAACCCCAUCUCUAGGGUCUCUAGGAAAGGAUUCCACAGCUGACAUGUUACAUAACCUACUAGGAGUCGAUGUAUCAUCUAUUGACAAGAUGUUAGAUUCUGUAGACUCUGCUACACAAUUACUCGGAAUGUAGAGCUGCUGAAUAUUCUGUGGUGACUCGCUUACUCCACAGCUGACAUGUUACAUAACCUACUAGGAGUCGAUGUAUCAUCUAUUGACAAGAUGUUAGAUUCCGUAGAUUCUGCUACACAAUUACUUGGAAUGUAGAGCUGCUACAUAUUCCGUCGCCAUUCACUUACUCGACAUAAUACCACCUUGACAGAUUGAGUUUUUCAAGAUGCAAGAUUUGAUACGAGUUAUAGCUUCACUGUCUCUUUUGUCUCUCUAUCGCAAGAAAUUGAUUUGAGUUGUAGCUUCACUGUCUCUUUAUUGUCUUUCUCUCUUAGUGGGAUAGAGUGACAAAGAUUGACAAUUCACAGUAGAUUUAGUUAUGGAAUGAAUGUUUGAAUGUUAUAAUCUGCUAAGUAACUGUACAUUGCACAAGAGUGACCUUUGACCUUUGGUUUGAAAUUUAUAUCUUAUUUAUUAUCUAGAUUUAUAGUAAUGAACUAGAAAUUAUAAUGAGUUUAUGCUGUAGAAAUAUGAUACGAUAGACCGUUGGAUGAUUUGUCCAAGUUAUAUUUAGCGGUAGUUAAACAUCAAAUUAACAUUGUAUGGUUAGAGAAUACUUCUAGAUGCUUAAUUUUAGAAUAUGACCAUAUUUAAUUAUCUUUUUGUGUUCUGGUCUUGGCUUUUCACAAUCACACGAUGACUGUUUGUGUUCAAGAUAUUUUUUCUUAAAGAUUAUUUAUACCAUGACUAUGUAUAUAUACAUAUGUAUUUGCUCAUGUUUUUACUAGAAAUGAGUUUAAAUUUCCCUAUAAAGUGAUUGAAAAUGGAAUGGACUUAUAUAUAGUUGGAUAUAAUUGCAGUGCUUUGAACGGAAAUUAUUGUCUUUUUUAUUAGAAGAAACCUGUGAUAAUAAUGUAUAUAGAAUUUUAUUGUUUUUAUGUUUAAUCGUUUCUAUGUUUAAUCAGGGAGGACACAUCUGUAUAAUACAUAUCUUUUUGAUUAUUAACCGAUUAUUAAUGAUUUUCUUUGAUGUUGAAAGAGGUUAAAAUACAUGAAUUUGAGUUUGAAAAUCGCUAGGAAUACAUGUAUUGCGUAAUGUUUCAUGAAAUUAACAAUGAAGGAAAAAUCAUUAGUAAUGUACAAUUGUAUAUUUUUUAGAAUAUCUAUUUAGAUGUAUUGUAAAUAUAUUGAUUUCUCUAUUUAUUUUGACCAGAUUUUGUUAUAUUAAGUAUUCAAAGGGCAGAUUUUUUAAACGACUAGUCACAUUAUUUCAAUGUUUUUUUCAUAUCUGAAAAAGUAAGACUGUGAAACAAUUAUAUUCAAGUUAAAUGUCAAAUAAUUAUGACUAUUCAAUACAUAUUAAAAGGAUUGAUGGCAGCAAAAUUUUUGAAAAUAUAUUUGACAACACUUAGAAGACAAUAAAUUGAAAAUUUAUGUAUAAACUUUAUUAGUCAGAUUCUUCAUAUAAUUGUAGAACUGUUUUGAGUAAGAGUUAUUGCUCUUUGAAUAUACAUGUAUAGUAGAUGCUUUAUAGUGUUUGCUUUGUGGCAAUCUUUAAGUAAAUGAUACUAGUCUUUAUGUUCAAGACGUUAAGUAAUAGAAAUAGCACCAUACCACUAUAGCAGGAACUUAAUGGAAUGAAACAUGGAAAAGAAUGAAAUUGGAUAUCAAAAACGCAUAUUGUUCAAUAUAACACUUUCUUAAAUGAAAAACAAUUGUUAGAAAGUCAUUAAACAGCUGUUGAUGGUAUGGUUCUGUUUUUAUUUUUUAAGGUUUGAAUAUUUUAAUUGUAAAAUACCAGUUAUUGUUGUAUUACUAAUUUAUUUAUUUUUACUUAUUAAUUUGUAUAUACUAUCAAUUUUCUUUUUUUUUCUUUUUGGAGAAAAAAGAUAAGAAUUUGUGAAAUAUUAUAUUUGUUUUUAUAUUGUAUACAUUUAUUGAGUUUUAAAUGAAUGGCUGGCUUCCAACUCAAUAUUUAAUUUAGAUCAAUUUAGUUUUUGGUUGAAUUUACAUUUAGAAUUUUUGAUGAUAUAUAGAAAAAAACUAAGUCAUUCCUAGAUAGACAUAUUUUUUGAAAAUGUUUUUUGUACAUUCCAUUAUUUACUGUAAGUUUAGUUCAAGUUAUCAUAUUUUGUAAGUUUUGAAUUGGAAAAUAGAGGUUUAUUUGAAAAAAAAACGCAAAUAAAUUGUCAUCUUUUUGAGGGGUUUAUGGAUAUUGGCUGUGGAAAAUUUUCACACAUAUGUGUUUUGAUUGCACUUUUUGAUAGGGGGAUGGAUCAGUAAUUUAAAUGUUGUUUGAAGAAUUUCUUAAAAUUACAUCAAGAAAAAAAAACAAGUAAACAUGUUAAAAUGUUUUGUCAAUAUCAGUAUUCAUUUUGUAAUUUAUGUUUAAUAUUGGCACUAAUUUUGAAUUUCAUUCUGCUGUUUAGAAAAUUAUUGUUACCUGAGGCUGUUUCAUUGGUUCAACUUGAACUAGGGGAAGGGGCUAUUCAGUAUUGUGAACAACCAAUUAACAAAAUUUAGAGAAAAAUAAGUAAGGCUUGCUACAGAAAAAAAAGUAAAAAAAAAAUAAGCUUAACUAUUUAAAUAGUAAAAAAUAUGUAAUUACUAAUAUCUUGUAGGAUAUUUUGUCUCGGGUGUAAGAUUUUAUUCUGUAAUAAAAUUCUGUUGGUAAUGAUACAACUACACCAGUAGGUAUUCAACAGAUACUUCCCUUUUCAUUUUCAUGUUGUAAUGAAAAAGCUUUUAUCAGUUUCUUUUAAAUGUAUACAUAUAUUUUGAAUUUACAUGAUCAUAAACAGAAGUCUCAGUUUUCAAGUGCUUAUCAAAGUGAACUUACAAUUCUAUAUAUAGACCUGAUGACAUUCCUAUAUGGAAACAUUCUCUUGUUUUUAUUAGUUGUAGAUGUUUUGUUUUUUAAAUGUUUGUGUGUUCUUUUCAUUUCCCAGUAUUUUGUUCUGUCUAAUGGUGUUGUAAUAAACAUCUCAAAUAAACUAA